UCCUUCCGCCCGGGUUUCCUCCCCGCCGCCGCCGCCGCCGCCGCAGACCGGCUCCCGGCUCGGCGCGGCGCGGCUCGGCCCGCUCGGCCCCGCCAUGUCGCAGGUGCUGCCCUACGGCGAGGACAAGGUGGGCCGCUACGGCGCCGAGCCCGAGGCGGGGGAGCUGCCCUUCAGCUGCCGCCUGCAGGACACCAACGCCUUCUUCGGGGGUAACCAGGGCAAGCGGCCCCCCAAGCUGGGACAGAUCGGCCGCGCCAAGAGAGUGGUGAUCGAGGAUGACCGGAUAGACGAGGUGCUCAAGGGCAUGACGGAGAAGUCGCCGCCGGGGGUGUAAGCCGGGACCCGCCGCCAGGACCCGCAGGCCGUGCCCUGCCCCCAGCCCGCCCGGCCCUGCAUGCUGGCUGGGCCGCCGACCAGGAGGGGGAGGCCAUGCCCCUGCCCCCCCCUCCCCGGGCCCGGAGGGGGGGCUCUGCGGCCACCACCACCCCCCCGAGCCAUGCACUUUACCCCUCCGCCUCCCCCGGGGGGGAGGACACCCGCCGAGCCCCCCACCCUGGGCAAAGACCCCCCCUUCCCCGGGGAGGGUCCAGCCCCCCGCUCCGCGGCGCGUCCCCCUCCAUCCUCCUUGGCGGGGGGGGGUGUGUGUGUGUGUGUGUCCCCGAAUCCCGGGGUGGAUCCGGCCCCACGAGCGGGGGGGGGGGAGCGCUGCUGUCCAGAGACAUUUUUUGCUCCAUCGUUUUUUGCAUGAGCUUGGUGGCCCGGGCACCCGGUCCGGGGGCCGAGGGUCAGCCCCACCACUCCGGCACGCUUCUUUUUAAACAGAAACUCCUCAUAUUUGUAUUUUUAUAUCCGAAUCUUUGUUAAAAACGAUCUGCUGACGUUGAGAUGUUGAAGUAACCGCAUCGGGAAAACAAACAAACAAACAAACAAAAAAUGGUUCAUAUUUUUUUCCAUAAGAAAAAAAAAGACAAAAAAAGAAGAAAAAACCGAAGGGGGGGGGAAAUAAAGGGGAGGGUGAGAAAGGUGGAGGGAGCGCAAGGAAAGCCGAAGGUGUGGGGAGGGGAGCGGGGACCCCCAGCCCGACCCCCACUGCCAGCAGCGGGACCGGCCGGAGGGUUUGGCAGCACCACUGGCCGCUGCAGUCCCCUCCCAGCAGCGCCGGGGCCAAAGCCCUUCAGGCCAGCUGCGGGUGCUGGGGGGGUCCCGGUGCUGCCCCUCACUUGAGGGUAGUGGGGCCGGGGAGGGGGGGAGCGGGGAGGGCAGGGACCGGCCUGAGUCGUUGUUUUUAAUUUUGUACUUUAAUUUAAUUUUAUUUUUUAAGAAGCUUCUUGGGGGGUCUGAUGUGCAUGAGAAACUCGUCAUCUUUUUCAAUAACCUACGAGUGGCAUUUAUGGAGACAACGACGCAAAAAAAAAACCACAACAAAAAAAAAAACCAAACAAAAAACAAAACCAAGAAAAAAAACACAAAAAAAAAAGGAAAAAAAAGAUACUUGUGUCAUGAUGUUCUACGAAUGAUCCAUUGUAAAUUUAAAUGCCAUUUUUCACUGUACUGGUGAACAAAAUGCGAUGAAUAAAAUACA